AUGAACGCUCACGACGAACUCCAGCGCACACUGAAUCCAACAUGCACUGGAACUUCAGUUAUUGCUCUUCAGUACAAAACUGGAGUCGUCGUACUCACCGAUCGUGUUGUUUCCUACGGAAAAAUGGCCCGGUACAAGAACGUCUCACGUCAAUACAAAGUCAAUGACAAUGUUCUGAUUGCAUUCGGAGGAGAUCACGCCGAUUUCCAUUGGCUUCAGAAUGUGAUCGAACGUCAAGUGCUCCUUUGGAAGCGCUUCGAUCAAGACAUCGGACCAAAAGCUCUUCAUGGAUAUCUCACCAGCCUUCUCUACGGAAGACGCUGCAAGAUGAACCCAAUCUGGAACACUCUCGUCGUGGCUGGUGUUGAAGAGGAAGAGAAAAACAACAAAGAGACAAGCACUCCAUUCAUCGGUGUCAUCACUCAAAAGGGAUGCGCCUACCAAGUGAAACACAUUGCCACCGGCCUCGGAGCAUUCCUGCUCAAUCAAGCUGUCGAGGACGAGUGGAGAAAGAAGGGAGAAGAUUUGUCUCGCGAGGACGCUGAAGCCGUUCUCCGCAAGUCCCUCGAGCUCACCAUUUAUCACGAUUGCGUUGCCGAUAAUGAGUUCGAAAUCGGCCGUGUCGAUGCCACCGAAGGCGUCGUUUUGGGAAAGGAAGAGAAGGUUAUCGGAGACUGGUCAAUUGCCGAGACCAAUUGCCAAUACGAAUAA